UCAUUAAAUACCCAAAUUGGAAUACAAUGGGGCAGAGUACGGGGAAAUAAAUAACAAACGACAGUUUUCUACCACAAAAUGGCAGGAUUCAAUAAAUUAGCUAAAGUAACACCAAAUAUCAAUUUCAUCACUACCCUCUGCAGCUGAUUCUCUUUGUUUUCAAAUUAUAGUGUGUUCUUCCUCCAUUUUCUUUCUUCUCAGUUCUCAACAUAAGAGAGCAAUGUCCAACAAUGUUGGCGCCAAGGACUACCACGACCCGCCUGCAGUCCCCUUGAUCGACGCCAAGGAGUUCAGCCAGUGGUCAUUUUACAGGGCCAUCAUCGCCGAGUUCGUCGCCACGCUUCUCUUCUUGUACGUCACUGUUCUCACUGUCAUUGGCUACAACCACCAGUCCAACACCAAAAACGGCGGCGAAAUCUGCGGUGGCGUCGGCAUUCUCGGCAUCGCCUGGGCAUUCGGCGGCAUGAUCUUCGUCCUCGUCUACUGCACCGCAGGAAUUUCUGGAGGGCAUAUUAACCCCGCGGUGACUUUUGGGCUGUUUCUUGCUCGAAAGGUGUCUCUGGUGAGAGCCGUUUUAUAUAUGGCGGCGCAAUGUUUGGGCGCAAUUUGUGGGUGUGCGUUGGUGAAGUCAUUCCAAAAGGCUCACUACAUUGAGUACGGCGGUGGAGCCAAUCAGCUCGCCGUUGGGUACAGCACCGGCACCGGCUUAGCCGCGGAGAUCAUCGGAACUUUCGUUCUUGUUUACACCGUCUUCUCUGCCACCGAUCCCAAGAGGAACGCCAGAGAUUCUCACGUUCCUGUUUUGGCGCCACUCCCAAUUGGGUUCGCGGUGUUCAUGGUUCAUCUGGCCACCAUUCCGAUCACCGGAACCGGCAUCAAUCCCGCUCGGAGCUUGGGGGCUGCUGUGAUCUUUAACAAAGACAAGAUAUGGGAUGACCAGUGGAUCUUCUGGGUUGGCCCCUUCAUUGGAGCUGCCAUUGCUGCAAUUUAUCACCAAAUUAUAUUGAGGGCAGGCGCUGUUAAGGCUCUUGGAUCGUUCAGAAGUUCCACCGCCGUGUAAAUCUUGUCCAAAUCUCCAUUCUUCUGUGUUUGGGGACAAGAAGUGUGAACUGAAGGCACUUGUUUUAUGUGUGCCCUCUGCCCAAUUGCUCUGUUUUUGGUUCCCUCUUUUCUUUUGCUUUUCCUCUGUUUUUCUCUGCCAAUUAUGUAACUCUGGGCUUUGUUUGAAUGCAAAAUUGAUCCCAAUCAAGUGGGUUAUGUUUAUGGUUUAUGAUAAUUUGUGCCAUUUUCAUUUA